UUGGGUUGGCUUGGUGCAAGCAUAAUUCCAGCAAAAAUUUUAAUACAAAAACUAUGGCUAAAAAACCUUAAUUGGAAUGAUAAAAUAGAUGAAGAUUUAGAGAAAGAGUGGUUAAUAUUGAGAAAAAGUUUUAAACAAAUAAAAAACGUGGAAAUUCCCAGAUGGAUUGACACAGAAUGUGAAGACAGCAAAAACGUAACCCUUCAUGGUUUUUGUGAUGCUUCAAAUAAAGCCUAUUGCGCAGUAGUAUAUUGCAGAAUAGCAAAUAAUAAAGGAGAAAUUAAAACGAAUAUUAUUGCCUCGAGAACACGAGUCGCCCCUGUAAAACCACUUUCAUUACCUAGGCUUGAGCUUUGUGGGGCAGUUAUUUUGGCAAGGUUGUUAACACACAUAAGAGAAGCUAUGAGAUUAUCACCUACCAAAGUGUUUGCUUGGACGGAUUCGUCGGUUGUACUCUCAUGGUUGUUCGGAGAUCCGAACCGUUGGAAACCGUUCGUUAGUAACAGAGUAGUUGAAAUAUUAGACAAUCUUUGCAAUACUCAAUGGUUUCAUGUAAAAACGAAUGAUAAUCCAGCAGAUAUUGGAUCAAGAGGAAUGAAUUUACAACAACUUAUUCAAUUUAAACAGUGGUGGGAAGGACCUGCUUGGCUGAAGGAGAAAAACAUAGAAUACUCAAGACCAAAUUUGAUACCGACUGAUAUAGAAAGAAUAAAAAAUAUUCAGGUGAAUUUAAAAACAGAAACAAAGAAACAGAGAAUUAAAUUAGAAAAUUUUGAUUCACUACAAGAACUCUUAAAAGUUGUAGUUUAUUGUUCAAGAUUUAUUAAUAGUAAGAAACAACCUGACGAAAUAAGAAAGAAUAUUACAACUGAAGAAUAUGAAAAUGCUUUAUUAAAAUGUGUAAGAAUUGUUCAGAAAAGAGAAUACGAAGAAGAUAUAAAAAAUAUACGAAUGAAAGUAAGAGUAAAAAAAGGAAGUAGUUUGAAAUCAUUAAACCCUUUUCUUGAUACUCCAAAUAUACUUAGGGUGGGCGGAAGACUUCAAAGAUCGGAAUUAACACAAGAACAAAAACAUCCAAUCAUACUGAGCUCAAGCAAUCAUUUGACUUCUUUGUUAAUAGCAGAUGCACACAAGAAAACCUUACACGGUGGUAUUCAACUCAUGCUCUGCUAUCUUAGGAAUAGAUUCUGGAUCAUUCGAGCUAAGAAUGCGAUUAAAUUUUAUAUACGAAAUUGUAUAGUAUGUGCAAGACAAAGGGCUACCAUAAGGACUCAAAUCAUGGGUGAACUUCCAAAGGCACGAGUGACUCCAGCCCGACCGUUUCUCCACAGCGGAGUGGACUUUGCUGGUCCAUUGCAAGUUUUGCAUUCUAAGGGGAGAGGCGCCAAGACAAGCAAAGCAUACAUCGCCAUUUUUGUAUGCAUGGUCACUAAAGCCAUACAUUUAGAAUUAGUCGGAGACCUCACCGCUGAAUCUUUCAUAGGAGCCUUUCAUAGAUUUGUUGCUAGAAGAGGCAAAUGUUCGCAUAUAUGGAGUGAUCAGGGAAGGAAUUUCGUAGGAGCAAAUAAAGAUUUAGCAGACGCCUGGAAGCAGGCACGUUUAGAAAUCCCUGGCUAUCUGAUAGACACAUUAGCUCUCGACGGAACUCAGUGGCAUUUCAUACCUCCUCAUAGCCCCAACUUCGGUGGCUUGUGGGAAGCCGGUGUAAAAUCUACGAAAUACCACCUUAGAAGAAUUAUGACGAGAAACUUAACACAAGAAGAAAUGACGACAGUGUUAUGUCAGAUAGAGGCAUGCCUUAACUCCCGCCCUUUGGUACCUAUCGACACUGAAGACGUAGACGUCAUAGACCCAUUAACACCGGGUCACUUUUUAAUUGGUGAAGCUCCCAUAUUGCCACCAAGUCCAGACUUACGUGACAUCAACGCAAGUAAACUCACACGAUGGCAAUUUACUCAGAAAAUAGUAAGAGAUUUCUGGCAACGUUGGCAUACAGAAUAUUUGUCACGCCUCCAAGAAAGGACAAAAUGGAUAAAACGUGAGUCAGAGUAUGAAAUAGGUGAUAUAGUUCUCCUCAAAGAUGACAACUUGCCACCAGGGAAGUGGCUACUCGGUCGGAUUAUGGAGAAGUACCCAGGACCGGAUGGUAUAGCCCGAGUAUAUGGUGUUAAAUGUGGCACGAAUAUAUUAAAACGCUCAAUUUCCAAAUUGUGUGCUUUGCCCAUUGAAUCUAAAUAA